AUGGCCGACUUCGACGUAGAGGAUGUGCUGAAGAAGCUCACCAUCGCCGAGAAGGUUGACCUUCUGGCAGGUAUCGACUUCUGGCACACCAAGGCACUCCCCAAGCACAACGUCCCUUCUGUGCGGCUUUCCGACGGUCCCAAUGGUGUUCGCGGCACCAAGUUCUUCAAUGGCGUCAAGGCCGCCUGCUUCCCUUGCGGAACAGCACUUGGCGCCACUUUCAACACCGCGCUUCUCGAGGAGGCUGGCAAGAAGAUGGGUGAGGAGGCUAAGCUUAAGGGAGCUCACUGCAUUCUCGGCCCCACCAUCAACAUGCAGCGAUCUCCUCUGGGUGGCAGAGGCUUCGAGUCCCUGGGCGAGGACCCCAUCCUGGCUGGUCUCGGUUCCGCUGCCAUCGUGAACGGCAUUCAAAGCACCGGUAUCCAGGCGACGCCGAAGCAUUUUGUCUGCAAUGACCAGGAGCACAGACGCAAUGCUGUCCAAAGCAUUGUGACUGAGCGAGCUCUGCGCGAGAUCUAUGCCCUCCCAUUUCAGUUGACUUUCCGCGACUCUCAGCCCGGUGCCCUCAUGACAGCCUACAACGGCGUCAACGGCACGUACUGCAGUGAGAACGAGGAGCUCCUCAACGGCCUGCUCCGCAAGGAGUGGGGCUGGGACGGCAUGAUCAUGAGCGAUUGGUACGGCACCUACAGUACCACGGAAGCGGCCAACGCCGGUCUCGACCUCGAGAUGCCCGGCCCCCCUCGCUUCCGCGGCGAGCCACUUAAGUUCAACGUCUCAACCGACAAGGUUCGCCAGCACGUUGUUGACGAGAGAGCUCGUGCCAUGCUCAAAUUCAUCAAGAAGUGCGUGGCCUCCGGUGUCCCCGAGGGCGCACCUGAGAAGACUGGUGACACCCCGGAGACGGCCGAGCUGCUGAGGCGCAUUGGCGGUGAAAGUCUUGUCCUCCUCAAGAACGAGAACAACGUAUUGCCCCUGAAAAAGGAGAAGAAGACCGUCGUCAUCGGCCCCAACGCCAAAAUCUGCACCUACCACGGCGGUGGCUCCGCCUCUUUGGCUGCUUACUACGCCGUUACCCCCUACGACGGCAUCAGCAAGAAGCUUGAUUCUCCUCCCGAGUACACUGAGGGUGCCUACUCACACAAGCUUCUGCCCCUUCUCGGCAACGUGGUUAAGUCGGCCAACGGCCAACCCGGCAUGACCAUGAAGGUGUACAAUGAGCCUCCUACCGACCAUGAUCGUCAGUCGCUUGAUGAGGUUAUCCUUACCAAGACGGAGCUUCUUCUCGUCGACUACUACAACACCAAGUUAAAGUCUGCCCUUUGGUACGCCGACUUUGAGGGUUCUUUUGUCGCCGAGGAGGACUGCACGUACGAGCUAGGUCUCAUUGUCUGCGGCACAGCCAACCUAUUCGUCAAUGACAAGCUUGUCAUUGACAACACUAGCAAGCAGCGCCAGGGUGAUGCUUUCUUCGGUGCUGCAACGGUUGAAGAGAAGGGCCGUGUCGAGCUCAAGAAGGGCGAGACAUACAAGUUCAAGGUUGAGUUCGCCUCUGCCCCCUCAUCCAAGCUUCAGGGCGACAAUGUUGUCUUCGGCGGUGGUGCCCUCCGCAUCGGUGGCUGCAAGGUUAUCGACGAUAAGGCUGAGAUUGCCAAGGCUGCUGCCCUCGCCAAGGACGCCGACCAAGUCAUCAUCUGCUCCGGUCUUAACGCUGACUGGGAAACUGAGGGCAACGACCGUGCCGACAUGGAGCUUCCCGGGUACCUCAACGACCUCAUCUCUGCUGUUGGCAAGGCCAACCCUAAUACCGUCGUUGUUAACCAGUCCGGUACUCCCGUGCGCAUGCCGUGGAUCAACGACAUUGCCGGUCUUGUGCAGGCCUGGUAUGGCGGCAACGAGACGGGUAACGCCAUCGCCGACGUUCUCUUUGGUGACGUGAACCCCUCGGGUAAGUUGUCUCUCAGCUUCCCUGAGCGCGUCCAGGACAACCCGGCCUUCCUCAACUACCGCGCCGAGGCCAGCCGCACUUUGUACGGCGAGGACAUCUACAUCGGCUACCGUUACUACGAGUAUAUUGACCGCCCCGUGCUCUUCCCCUUUGGCCACGGUCUGUCCUAUACGAGCUUUGAGUUCAGUGACCUUGCCGUCAGCGAUAGGGAUGGUAAGCUUACCGUUGAUGUCACCGUUAAGAACACUGGUUCUGUGCAGGGAGCCGAGGUUGUUCAAGUGUACGUCGCUCCCAAGCAGAAAGCCAAGAUCAACCGUCCGCUCAAGGAGCUCAAGGGCUUCGCCAAGGUGGCGCUCAAGGCGGGCGAGAGCAAGAAGAUUACAGUCAACGUCGAGACCAAGUACGCAGCCAGCUACUUUGACGAGGAGCGACAUCAAUGGUGCGCCGAGCAGGGCGAUUACGAGGUCAUCGUCAGCAAUAGCAGUGUUGUCACGGACAAGGCACUCAAGGGAUCAUUCAGCGUCGGUGAGACUUUCUGGUGGUCUGGUUUGUAA